AUGUGUUUUCCCAAUUAACUGAAUCCUGUGGCCAUUACCGCUGACCUGAUUGAUGUGAUGUACCAGACUCAAAGAAAUGAAGUUGUCGACUCGUCCCUUGUUGUCAUCGACGAGAAUUUCAAGUCCAAAGCGAUCAAAAAGUACUACCCACGGCAUCCUACUUAUGUCCUAUCGACUGACUCAAUUGACCAACUCCAGACGUAUAUCAAUGAAAUAAAAUCCAGUGAUAUUUGGAACAUCGCUUCAGUAAUUGUCACAAUAGGAAAAGAUUGUGACCGUGCAUCGAAAGUUCUCCAGAUGAUUUGGGAGAUCGAGGCUUUGUCUUCUUAUUACGUAUGUCAACAUAGUUUGAGCAACAGGACCAUCGUCUACACCUUCAACCCUUACACGAAUCGAGCACCAAAACCCUGGAGGAAAGAGAAGAUUGCAGACAAGCCAGAUAACAGAUGGACUUUGUACAGGCAGCAAUUUGUCAACAGUAUACUGAAGGGAAUUGAGAUUGUAGCAGAGUAGAUUGUUUUUGCAUCACUAAAUAGCAAUCUAUUUAUUCAUCGCGGCAAGAUUUUUCUUCAUUACAAUUAAUAUUUGAUAAAUAAUUUUGUUUUUUUCACUCAACUUACGUUUGCGUUUGUUCACUUUCGUUAUACCUCCAAUAAAAACUUGGGUUUACUUAAUUCUAAUUUACAAUUCAAAUUUCUAUUAAACAUGUUCAAAAAGUUUUCAUUUUAGUCUUUAUUCGAUAGGAAACUGUUCCCAGUGUAAUUGCUGCGCUUAUUAAAAAUAUAUUGAGUCGAAAAGUUUACCAGGUAUUAUUUAUAAAUAAUUAGAGAUAGGAUUGGUUAUUAUGUUUAUUCUAAUUAUUAUUUUUUGUCUGUAUAGCGACUGAGCGCAGAAAUGACAGCGAUUAUGAUGCAGUUAUAAUUUACUAGAUUUCAUUUUUACAUAUUUGUACACUGAGAAAAAAUUUCUCU